AUGUUUCGAAGAAAUACGUUGACCCCCGGUAAGGGAGGUUCUAGUUUGGAUAUGUUUUCAGCAAACGAUUUCAUGACAUGGAUUGAUGGUAUGAAACACAAUUCAUACGAGAAUGGUUGCUCUCCAUUUUCAUUUCGUCCUAUUCACGAAUCUUCUCAAAAGAAGCCCAGGCGACCCUCGCGUUUGUCCAUUGUAAAUAUAUGGAAUCAAUCUCCUACCACUGCCCGGGGAAUGCUUUUCCCAUUGGAUUCUGACCAAAAUGAGGAAGAUAUGGAUGAAAUAGUGGAAGUUGAUAAUGAUGUGAAUGACUAUAAAACUGAACAAGACAUUACAAUUGAUCAGAAGAAUCACGAACUUUAUGAAGAUGAAGAUGAGGAAUACGAAAAGGAAGAUGCUCAGCAAUUGAACCAAGAACAUAUUCUUUCCGAUGACAAUGAUGAAGUUUUGGAACAGGAGAGUCUUUACGAAAAGAGCGAAGAUGAACUAGAAAAUGAAAACCAGCAAUUGGAAAAUGGAUUUUAUGUAUCUGGGACAAAUCAAAAGGAUAAUCCAGAAGUUAUUGAAAUUGAGAGUGAAGAAGGGGAGCAAAAUCAGCAUUACCUCAGUGACAGUAAUGAGCAGUUAUCACCUCUCCCCGAAGAACAAAAUACUGAAAUUCAACUACGAAAUGCUUUGGAGCCCAACCGGAGCGAUAAUUUAAAUUCGCAUACAUCUCAGUCGAGUCUGCAUACUGGUGCCAGUUCACACCCAAAGCUAGUUCGUCUCAGCUAUGAGAAAAAUGGUUUUUUUGAUCAUCCUAAUCAACAUUCAGAAAGUACAAAGAUUGAGUCUGAAAAUCCAUUCAAAACAGACCCAUCUUUCAUUCGUCCUCGCCUUGACCAUGUCAUACGUUCACCCUCUUCUGUUAAUCCCUUAAUCAAAGCUAAUAGAGGUGUACGAGACGGUUUGCUUAAGUACAACUUGGAAAAUACUGAGACGGAUGAAUCAUAUACUGAGCUAGAUGAUACAUUUUCGCGAAUGAAACAGGACACUUUGAACAAAUUAAAUGAAGAAGCUUCUGAAUUGCUUGAUGAACUCAAUGAUUCCGAUGUCUUUCAAAAAAUAUUAAAAAAUGAUACUGAACCAAGUGUUUAUGAUACAAGUGGUGUUGCUGAGGAGAUUCAACAAAUUGACGAUUCCUCCCAAUUUGUAUCCUUUUUGGAAGAUACACAGUUGGUGUCUUCUAAUAAUCUACAGCCAACAAAACGAAAGUUGUCGGAGCUGAUGGAAAACAUUUCUUCUCCUGACUGCAGCAUGGCAGAUGCUUCUGCUAUUUUGGAAAGUGCUGAUUUCUUAAGUUCCAAUCCCAUUAUGUCUACAAUUCCUAAUAAAAAACGGCACCUUGAGUAG